AUGAAAGAUUGCCCUGAUGGCAAGUUGACUCUUGAGGGAUUUACAAAAAUUUACCGUCAAUUCUUCCCAUUUGGGGACCCAAGCAAAUUUGCAGCUUUUGUUUUCAAUGUUUUUGAUGAAAAUAAGGAUGGUUACAUAGAAUUUGACGAGUUUUUGCAAGCCUUAUCGGUUACAUCCCGGGGAAAUGUAGAUGAAAAGUUACGGUGGGCUUUCCGGCUCUAUGAUCUUGACAGUGAUGGCUUCAUAACACGGGAGGAGUUGCUAGAUAUUGUAGACGCCAUCUACAAAAUGGUGGGCAACAUGGUCAAGUUACCUGAGGAAGAGAAUACGCCUGAAAAACGAGUUAAUAAGAUAUUUGAAAUAAUGGAUAAGAACAAGGACGACCGCCUAACAUUCGACGAAUUCCUGGAGGGCUCCAAGAAGGACCCAACGAUUAUCCAAGCCCUUACUCUCUAUGAUGGGGGUCGACUCUGA